AUGAUCGGCCGUCUGAUUGCAGGCCUUGGAGUUGGUGCACUCAGUUUGCUCGUGCCUAUGUAUCAAGCUGAAACUGCGCCACCGUGGAUUCGAGGUGCCCUGGUCUGCACUUAUCAACUAUUCAUCACACUAGGAAUUUUCUUGGCCGCCUGCUUCAACUAUGGCACCUACACGCAUCAGCGAGAUAAUUCUGGCUCCUGGCGUAUUGUUGUCGGACUUGGGUGGGCAUGGACGCUCAUCCUAGGUCUCGGCAUUUUACUUUUCCCCGAGACACCUCGCUACGCAUACCGUCACGGCCGCAUCCAGGAAGCCAAAGAAACGUUGUGCAAGGUCUACGGCGCUCCUGCAAAUCAUUACAGUAUCCACAUUCAAAUGGAAGAGAUAGAGAACAAACUACGGUCCGAAACCCAUAAUUCUGGUGGAAUAGUCCGUGAGUUUACCGGAAUGUUCAAGGCACCGCGGAUGCCCUACCGCAUUGCUUUAGGAAUGACACUGCAGGCGUUCCAACAACUCACAGGCGCCAACUAUUUCUUUUAUUAUGGGACAACUAUAUUCAGGUCUGUGCAGAUCGACUCCUUUGUUACGCAAAUGAUUUUGAACGGUAUCAAUUUUGGCACGACUUUCAUUGGUCUGUACUUAAUCGAGCAUUACGGCCGGAGAAAAUCUCUCAUUGCAGGAAGCGCCUGGAUGUUCGUUUGUUUCAUGAUUUUCGCAUCUGUCGGUCACUUUUCUCUCAACAUCGACCGACCUGAACUGACACCCCCGCCUGGUAUUGCUCUUAUUGUCUUUGCCUGUCUUUUUAUUCUCGGAUACGCGACAACUUGGGGUCCGAUGAUCUGGACCGUCCAAGCAGAAAUCUUCCCAUCGCGCUAUAGAGCAACAGCAAUGGCGCUCUCGACAGCAAGCAACUGGACAUGGAAUUUCCUAAUAGCUUUCUUCACACCAUUCAUCACGAGUGCCAUUGAUUUUCGAUAUGGCUACGUGUUUGCAGGUUGCAACUUCGCUGCCGCAGUCAUAGUGUACUUUUUCCUGAUUGAAGGACAAGGCAAGACACUAGAGGAGAUCGACACGAUGUAUGUCCAGCAUGUCGCCCCGUGGAAUAGCUCGAAAUGGGACCCGCCAGCAUCAUUGGAGGAGGGUAAGAAAACUAGCAGCAAUGCUGGUACAGAGACUGCUGCGGAACAUUUGGAGGCUACCUGA